AUGUUGCUGAAAGAUGUGGGCUUGCGCAAAGCGCAGAUCGCGAAGGCAGUGGCUUCUCGUCCGUCAUUGCUGGGCUGUAGUAUUGAGGACAACCUGAAGCCAACCGUGCGCUGGCUUGCAGCGCUGGGGUUGAGCAAAGAGCAGAUCGCGAAGGCAGUGGCUUCCUUUCCGUCGUUGUUGAGCUGCAGCAUUGAGGACAACCUGAAGCCAAGCGUGCGCUGGUUUGCAGAGCUGGGGUUGAGCAAAGAGCAGAUCGCGAAGGCAGUGACGUCUUGUCCGUCAUUGCUGGGUUGCAGCAUUGAGGACAACCUGAAGCCCACAGUGCGCUGGUUUGCAGAGCUGGGGCUGAGCAAAGCGCAGAUCGCGAAGGUAGUGGCUUCCUUUCCGUCGUUGCUGAGCUACAGCAUUGAGGACAACCUGAAGCCCACAGUGCGCUGGUUUGCAGACCUGGGGUUGAGCAAAGCACAGAUCGGGAAGGCAGUGGCUUCUUGUCCGUCAUUGCUGGGCUGCAGCAUUGAGGACAACCUGAAGCCCACAGUGUGCUGGUUUGCCCAGCUUGGGUUGAGCAAAGCGCUGAUCGCGAAGGCAGUGGCUUCUCGUCCGUCAUUGUUGAGCUGCAGCAUUGAGGACAACCUGAAGCCCACAGUGCGCUGGUUUGCAGCGCUGGGGUUGAGCAAAGCGCAGAUCGCGAAGGCAGUGGCUUCUUGUCCGUCAUUGCUGAGCUACAGCAUUGAGGACAACCUGAAGCCAACCUUGCGGUGGUUUGCAGAGCUGGGGUUGAGCAAAGAGCAGAUCGCGAAGGCAGUGGCUUCCUGUCCGUCAUUGCUGGGCUGUAGUAUUGAGGACAACCUGAAGCCAACCGCGCGGUGGUUUGCGGAGCUGGGGUUGAGCAAAGAGCAGAUCGCGAAGGCAGUGGCUUCUUGUCCGUCAUUGCUGGGCUGCAGCAUUAAGGACAACCUGAAGCCCACAGUGCGCUGGUUUGCAGACCUGGGGUUGAGCAAAGCGCAGAUCGCGAAGGCAGUGGCUUCUCGUCCGUCAUUGUUGAGCUGCAGCAUUGAGGACAACCUGAAGCCCACAGUGCGCUGGUUUGCAGCGCUGGGGUUGAGCAAAGCGCAGAUCGCGAAGGCAGUGGCUUCUUGUCCGUCAUUGCUGAGCUACAGCAUUGAGGACAACCUGAAGCCAACCUUGCGCUGGUUUGCAGAGCUGGGGUUGAGCAAAGAGCAGAUCGCGAAGGCAGUGGCUUCCUGUCCGUCAUUGCUGGGCUGUAGUAUUGAGGACAACCUGAAGCCAACCGCGCGGUGGUUUGCGGAGCUGGGGUUGAGCAAAGAGCAGAUCGCGAAGGCAGUGGCUUCUUGUCCGUCAUUGCUGGGCUGCAGCAUUAAGGACAACCUGAAGCCCACAGUGCGCUGGUUUGCAGACCUGGGGUUGAGCAAAGCGCUGAUCGCGAAGGCAGUGGCUUCUCGUCCGUCAUUGUUGAGCUGCAGCAUUGAGGACAACCUGAAGCCCACAGUUCGAUGGUUUGCAGCGCUGAGGUUGAGCAAAGCGCAGAUCGCGAAGGCAGUGGCUUCCUUUUCGUCAUUGCUGAGCUACAGCAUUGAGGACAACCUGAAGCCACCCGUGCGGUGGUUUGCAGAGCUGGGGUUGAGCAAAGAGCAGAUCGCGAAGGCAGUGGCGUCUUGUCCGUCAUUGCUGGGCUGCAGCAUUGAGGACAACUUGAAGCCCACAGUGCGCUGGUUUGCAGAGCUGGGGCUGAGCAAAGCGCAGAUCGCAAAGGCGCGCACCUUCAACAGCGAGCCGUCCAAGAGCACCGCAGCCUUGCAGAGCCUGGGUCUGCUGACCAACCCCGUGACCCCCGAGUCCAUGGCGGAGUUUCUGCGGCACACUCCUGGCUUGGACAUGCGCGUUGUAGGGGAGUACUUGUCCAAGCGCCAUGACUUCAAUUGCCAGGUGACGAAGUCUUUCAUGGACUCCUUCCCCUUCCCAGGCCUGGGUAUGGUUGAGGGUCUGCGGAUGGCGCUGGCGACCUUCCGCCUGCCCGGAGAGGCCCAGUGCAUCGACCGGCUCAUGGAGAGCUUUGCCCAGGCAUACUUUAGAUCCCAGGUCCUUGCGGACGGCUACGGGGCAGCUGCUGGGGAGGAUGCCUGCAAGCCGCAGAACCCCUUGUCGCAGCCGCGUUGGAUUCCCCGCGAGAGGUCGCCGGAGGAGGCCGAGCUCACUCGCCACGGCCCAGAGGAUGCUGCUGAGGAGCCGAGCCGGGUUUUGAUGAAUACCUCUGACACCAUCUUCAUCCUGGCCUUCUCCAUCAUCAUGCUCAACACGGAUCUGCACAACCCGGGCGUGAAGAAGAAGAUGUGCCUGGAAGAAUUUGUGCGCAACAACCGGGGCAUCGAUGGUGGCAAGGACCUGCCCCAGUACUUCUUGCGGGACAUCUACGAGUCCAUCCGCGACGAUGAGAUCCGGCUGCACGGGGAGACGGCCAGCGAGUCGGACGAAGUCAUCGACGACUUCUUCUGGGAAGGCAUCCUGCUGCGCAGUGAGAGCAUCGAUGCCUUUAGCGCCACCGAGCGGUUGCUCUCAGAGGCCGCCCCUGGCACUACCGAGCGGGACAUGCUGCAGGUGGUCCUGGAUUGCCAGCCAUUGCCAGUGCUCACGCAGUGCUAUGAGUCAGUGCCGGAUGCGACGGUGGCCAUGCAGGCGAUGACUGGCUUCCAGGAUCUGGCUCGGAUCAGUGCCUACUUUGACAACUUUGAAACUGUCAGCAGCCUCGUGCGCACCAUCUUCCAGUACUGCUCUAGCGCAGCUGUAGGUGCCGUCACGGUGCGCUGCCAGAUCGCGCUGGGCUCGUCGGAGCAGUGCGUGAGCCACUUCGCGUCCAUGUUUCGCGAGGCAGAGUGGCGGGGCGUUCUGGAGGUGCUACUGCAGCUGUGGGCUUUGGACCUGCUGCCACCGCACUUCUCCGAGUUCGACGACUUCUCGGGCACCGACGGCAAGCCCCUGGAGAGCCUCUGCAACAUCAGGCCGCUGUACCCGCCGCCAGAGGCGCGCGCAGUUUCUGCCGAGACACAGGUGCUGGCCUCUCCACAGGUCACAACGGCAGAUGCUGGAGACGGCUUCCUGGAAAGUUUGGCGCGCUGGUUCGAGGAUGAGACACGCGAUGAAGAUGAGGAGGAGGGAGAAAGCCGACCGCAGGACGACCUGCUGGGCACUUCCCUCCCUCCAGGCGCUGCCAAGCAGGAGGUCGAGGCGAAGGCCUUGCCGGUGGAUGCCUCUGACCCGGGGCUGAUUCACCAGAAGGUGAAGCAGUAUGUGGGGCGCUCGGGCUUCGUAGAGGUCCUGGGUGCCGCCGGGGUGGGCAAGCUGCCGCCGGAGAGCCUUCAGUGCCUGGCGAAGGCGCUGGUCCAGCUUUCGCGGCCAAAGAACUGGUUUGUGCAGGCCCCACCACCAUCGCAGGAGGACUGGCAUGAAGUGGCAGACCCGGUCUUCUGCCUGGAGCUGCUGACGAACCUCACCACCAUGCCGGUGCCGGCCAGCCACUGCUUGUCGCACAUUUGGCCCCUGGUGAGCACGCACUUUGAGCGGCUACUCCAGUACGUCAUCGCCGGCAACGGCGUCUCGGAGACCCAGUUCAUAGAGCGCCUCAUCGUCAACACGCUGAGGUUAUGCAUCCGGCUCAUCGGCAACAGUGAGCUGGUUCCCACUCUGCUGAUGCUCACACAGCACUUGUCCAAGCUCCCCGCCAACCUCUUUGCUUCAUACUCAGAGAGGAUCGCCUGUGGCACUUUGGUGUUGGUGCAGGAGGCAAACUUGCCCCACAGCGGCCUCUGCAAUAUCUUCGCCUUGUUGAAGCGUAUUGCAGAAGUGCCUUCAGGCGUUGGUGCCUGCAGCGCUGGCAUUGAGUGCUUGAACUACUGGCUGUCGGAUGACCAGGAGCUCUCUCGGCUCUUGUCGCUCCAGCAAUUCCCUGAGUUGCUGAAGACUCUGAAGGCCUUUGGCCAGCACAGCACCAGCGCCUCCACAACGGCGCUGGGACACCUCUCCAGCCUCGUGCCACAGCUGGCGCGAGGUGCCCGGUGCCUGCCGCCGGAGGCCCAGUCACAAUGGCAGUCGCUGUGGGUGCCCACGCUGCAAGCGCUGGCGGACAUCGCCAAGGAGGGCUCCCAGCGCUCCUCUGCACAGGCCUUUGUGUACCUCCAACGGCUACUGCUGGAGUGCGGCACAGAUCUGGCGCUCCCCUGGGCCUGGUGCCUAGAGCCUCGAGCCAAAGCUCAGGAACAGUUGGAGUUUGCAGCAUGGAAGGAGUGCUUGGAGCAGGCGCGAGUGUGA